AAGGUUGAAACGAACGACUUCGGCCUUAUCUCGCCACUGCGCGGCGGCGGCACGACGGACAUUACCGAGUGAACAAGCCGUUUCUCGAUCGGUCUUGUGCCCUGGGUUUAUUUCAUUUACAAGCAUGGCCGGAAAAGAUGGAAAAAGUUCUUCUGCCAAGGGUAAGAAGAAAGAAGUGAAAAAGGAGACAGGCCUAGGUCUUUCUAAUAAGAAAGACGAGAACUUUGGUGAAUGGUACUCUGAGGUCGUUGUUAAUGGAGAAAUGAUUGAAUACUAUGACAUAUCUGGCUGUUACAUUCUGCGACCAUGGGCAAUGUCAAUUUGGGAGGUCAUGCAAACUUUCUUCGAUGCUGAAAUCAAGAAAAUGAAAAUUAAAAACUGCUACUUCCCGUUGUUUGUAUCAUCUAAUGUCCUACAAAAGGAGAAGGACCACAUCGAGGGGUUUGCCCCUGAGGUUGCUUGGGUUACAAAGUCGGGAGAAUCUGAGUUGGAGAUGCCCAUUGCGAUUCGUCCAACCAGUGAAACUGUCAUGUAUCCAUAUUUCUCCAAGUGGAUAAGGGGGCACCGUGACUUGCCCUUGAGACUCAACCAAUGGUGUAAUGUUGUUAGAUGGGAAUUCAGCAAUCCCACUCCAUUUAUAAGGAGUCGUGAGUUUCUUUGGCAGGAAGGACAUACUGCUUUUGCAACCAAGGAGGAGGCAGAUACUGAGGUGCUUGAAAUUCUGGAACUCUACAGGCGCAUAUAUGAAGAAUUCUUGGCCGUUCCUGUUAUUAAGGGCAAAAAGAGCGAGCAUGAGAAAUUUGCUGGUGGGCUUUAUACGACAACUGUGGAGGCCUUUGUCCCAAACACCGGACGUGGUGUGCAAGGUGCAACUUCUCACUGUCUGGGUCAAAAUUUUGCGAAAAUGUUUGAGAUAAAUUUUGAGAAUGAGAAAGGUGAAAAGGCUAUGGUGUGGCAGAAUUCCUGGGCAUACACCACCAGAACGAUUGGGGUAAUGAUAAUGGUUCAUGGGGAUGAUAAGGGCUUGGUGCUGCCUCCUAACGUUGCAUCUCUCCAAGUAAUUAUAAUCCCCGUUCCUUAUAAGGAUGCCAACACUCAGGGGAUCUUUGAUGCAUGUGAAGCCACUGUAAAAUCUUUGAAUGAAGCAGGAAUACGUGCGGAAGCUGAUUUUAGAGAUAAUUAUUCACCUGGAUGGAAGUACUCUCAUUGGGAACUGAAAGGUGUUCCUCUUAGGAUUGAGAUAGGACCCAAAGACUUAGCCAAUAAUCAGGUCCGUGCCGUCCGACGUGACAAUUCAGCUAAGAUUGAGAUUCCUACGGCUGAUUUGGUGGAGCAAGUGAAAGAAAUGCUUAGCAACAUUCAACAAAAUCUCUUUGAUGUCGCCAAGCAAAAACGAGAUGCCUGCAUCCAAGUUGUACACACGUGGGAAGAAUUUGUUGAAGCACUUGGCCAGAAGAAGAUGAUUCUGGCCCCAUGGUGUGAUGAGGAGGAAGUGGAGAAGGAUGUGAAAACUCGCACUAAAGGAGACAUGGGUGCAGCUAAGUCACUUUGUUCUCCAUUUGAUCAGCCUGACCUGCCAGAAGGUACUUUGUGCUUCGCAUCAGGAAAGCCUGCAAAAAAGUGGACUUACUGGGGAAGGAGUUACUGA